GUGAAAGAUAGAGAGAGACAGAGUGCGAAAGAUAGAGAGAGAGAGAACAUGAUAGAGACAGAGAAAUACAAGAAGGGAAAUACAGUUUGACAGUGUGUGAUGCCAAGAGAGUCAGAUACUGAAGCGUAUACAUGGACUGAAGAGGUAGAGGAGAGAGAGAGAGAGAGAGAGGCUGUGAAUAAGACGGGAUAAAGAGGAAUUACAUUCGGGACAACAGACAGAGUGGGUAGAGAGGGUGUCAGGGGGAAAGUGUGUGGGAGGUGAACAAGGGAGCAUAAUGUGCAUGUAACACUGGUGAAAGGAAAAGGCAGAGAGCGAGAGAGAGAGAGAAAAAGAAAGGGGGAAUCACUGGCUGCUCAGCUGAUGCGGAGCUGUUGAUCUGAAUACUGGAGCUUGCCUGGCCUUAAGCAGGGCUGCUCGCCGCUCGUUACUGAGUCUACGCCACACACACACACACACACACAAACACAUACACCCCCACCCCCACACAAACACACGCACGCACACACACAAACUCCCUCCCCACACACACACACACACACAGAGACAGCGGCGGAGAAAGACAGAGACAGACACUGGGAGACACCGUGGACCAGCAGCCAUGGCAGAUAUGGAGGCUCUGAGUGAGGCUCUGAAGGCCAUCAGUGUGAGCACAGAGGUCAUUGAUGAGGAGCUGAAGCCCCACCUGGACACACUGCUGAGCACCCUCCUGGAAAAGAAGGAGGGCACUGCCCAGAAGAUCGCCUCCAGCGGCAUCCUGCCCACGCUGGCCAACUCCAUCAGGAAGAAGGGCCCGCUCAUGUCCCAGGUCACCCUGGUCGUGGCUGAGAUGGCCAGGGAAGCCGCAGUGAGAGACAGCUGUAUUGAGGCAGGACUGGUGUCUGCCCUUUUGCCACAUCUGAACAGCAAAGACGAGGAGCUUCUGCUACACACGGGCAGGGCUAUCGGGCGGAUCUGUUUCGAAAAUGCUACCCAGCAGGACAAGCUGGUUGAGGGGGGAGUCAUUCCCAGACUGGUCACUAUCAUGAAGAUUUACCCAGAGAACGAUCCGCUGGUCAAUGUGUGCCUACUGGCCUUGUGUAACUUAGCUGAUAUGGAUGCUGCCCGAGAGGCUCUGGCGGAGGUGGGUGUUGCAGAGGUGCUGACCGCCCAGCUGAAGCGUGCCCCCGACGCCGAGAGACGCCACCUCAUACUGGAAAUAUUGGGAUCACUGGGAGAAAGUGAUGCGCUGAAGUUGCAGUUUGUGGAGGCUGGUGUGCCAGAGGUCCUGUCAGAGAUGAUCGGAGGUCUGCAGGGAGGCUCUGACCCCCACGACCUCUGUAGCAUCAAAAUAGCUUCCAACCUCAUUGUGUCUCUCCUGCUCGGGGAUGAGUCUAUGCAGAAGUGCUUCGGCGAGGGGACGGGGAGCAUCUAUAAGGACGUGCUCUCCUGGCUACAGUCUUCCAACACGCAACUGCAGCUCGCUGGUGCGCUCGCCAUUGCCAACUUCGCCAGGAACGACAGUAACUGUGUGAAGAUGCUGGAGCUGGGCGUGGUCCCUCACAUCCUGGACCUGCUGGAGAAGCAUGUGGACGAGGGGGACGUGUCUGUACAGCACGCGGGCCUCAGCGCUCUCCGGAACCUGGCCAUCCCUGCCUCUAAUAAGGUGCGGAUGCUGGAGGACGGAGUGACGGAGAGGAUCCAGACCCUGCUGCGCUCGGACAUGCCCCCUGUCCAGUUCAAGCUGCUGGGCACCCUGCGCAUGAUGGUGGACGGACAGGAGAAAGCCGCCGCUGUGUUGGGGAAGGAUGAGGGCUUGCUGAAGCGGGUGAUGGAGUGGUGUGAGGCCAAGGAUCACGCAGGGGUCCGAGGAGAGGCCAACCGCCUGCUGGCUGCUCUCAUCAGGCACAGUCGAGACCCGGAGGUUAUCCACUCUGUUGUCAAUGCCCAGGGGAUGCAACACCUUAUCACCAUGGCAACCAGCGAACAUGUCAUCAUGCAGAACGAAGCUCUGGUUGCUUUGGCGAUUGCUUCGGCAAUAGAUAUUGACGCUGUGCAGGAGUCCUUUGCUGAGGCGGAGUUGCUGCCCACUCUGCAGAAGAUGCUGGAGGACCCGGUGGGGGCCGUGGAGGUCAAAUUCAGCACCAUGGGCCUCGUCUGCAGCCUGGCCAACUCCAGUAUGUUGCGGGAGCAGAUGGAGAAGCUGAACCUGAAGGACAGCCUUACUCAGCUCUCCAGCCACACCAACACCAAGCUGGCCGCGCAGGCGGAUACUGUGCUGGCCGUUCUGGCCGAGACCAGCUAAAGCGGGCCAGAGACACCGCCUCGGACCACGAUAGACUAUUAGCACCACCACGUGUGCCGCCGCCACAGCCCCUGCCACUACCAACAGACUAACCGAACCUGAGCUUCACACUCCAGUCCGACCAAAACCAAAAUCCAAACGCGUGAUCUUCCAUCCCGGGCAGCAUCGGGACCCAAAGGAGACGAGGGGUUCCAUGGGGGGGGGGGGCGGGGGGGGAUGGUUGGGUUGGGUGCAUGCCGUCAUCUUUAUUGGACGAUCCAUAGAAGCCUAAGGCAAAAAUGUGAAAGACUAUGAACAAAAACAUAAUCAGCAAAAACAUAAGCACAGGACCUGAUCAAGUGUCGUCCUAACUUCACCCACUCCUCUUCUCAUCAAGGAGAAGCAAUUCUCACACUCUUAGAGAAGGAUUGACCUUGAGAAAAUAGGAUAUCUUUGCAGUGUUGUGAAAGUAUUUGUCAGUGUGUCGAGUCUAAUUGGGAGGGAAGAGAUAAAGUCAAAAGUUGUGAAAAAGAUCAUUUAAUCCUUUUCUUAGGGUGUGAAGAUUUUGCAGCCGUUAGCACAUAAGCACAAUAUUAACUGGGGUUAAAUCAGUUCAGUACAUUAAUUUAUAAUCUAACUACACUAGCAAUCCUUAACUGAAAUAGCAAUUUACUGCACAGUCAGCUGUCUAACAAGCACUUGUGUAUUAACAUGAGGGACCAGUGAUAUAUGUCAAGCUGUAUCCUUUUGUGUGCACUUUAGAAAAAAAAAACUAGAAUAGACUCUAGUUUUUGUAGCAUAUUCAAAGCUAUUUAAUGUUGAAAGGAAGCCUGUCACUGUUAUUGGUGUGUGUUAAUUUUAUAUGGAUGGAUGUUUUUUUUUUUAUUUUGUUUUAUUUUUCUCUGGUCAAUUGCUCAUAUACCGUACAUGUGAAUCAAAACAGCAGCUGUACAAUAAUCGAUGUGUAAUCUAGUUUUGGAACUCUGUUGAAUGUGAUGCAAAUAGAUCAUUGACUGCUGGAUUCAAUAUGUAACAUUACAAUUCUCUGAAAGGGACAUAAA